AUGGACGACGAAACUUUCAAAAUCCUCUAUCAGGAAUGUCGUAACCAAGGUUACACUCAUUCGGAAGCCGUUACACGGUGCAAAGACUUUGAAGUUCGCUAUUUGUCACAACGUCGCGAUCCGUAUGAUUUCGCUGAUAUGACAGAUUCACUUCCUCGUGGUGGUCGUGGUGAUGAAUUCGGUGUAAAUGAUCAUGAGCACCACCAUGCUGCAUACCAGACAACUGAGCGACGACCAACCCAGGACAACUUCGUACGAGGCUAUCGUGCUACAUUUGAGUAUAAAUACACGGAUCGCGUAUACCAAGACAAUGAGUCUACGUACCGCCCAAAAAACAAGUAUUAUGAUGAAGAACCUCAAGCCCCCAAGCCACCACGACGGCAAUACUACACCGAGGAGCGUAGACCGCACCGCGAAACUUCAUACGAAGUACACGAGUCCAACGUGUUUCAAAGCGAUGAAACUCGUCCAAAACGCACCCACGGCGCCCAUGAUUACAACACAUAUACUGCCACUCCCCCGCCCCGUCCCACUCGAACUCAUACAAAUAGCACGCGCUACAACACUACUGAACGUGCGCCUCGAGUUCCUCGUGAUACUCCAAAGGACAACUCCUACUACUACCCCUCUGGUCGUCCCUCACCUCCUCCGCGCCCGCACCCCACCUCCUACUCCUACUCUUCCCGCGCACCCCCUUCUCAACCUCCUCAGGGCACAAAGCCACAAACUGAUCUCUACACAACUCUCGGUAUCCCGCGCUCCGCAACCGCAGAUGAGAUCAAAAAAGCCCAUCGCAAGCUGUGUAUGAAGUGGCAUCCUGACCGUUGCACAGAGGCGAAAAAGGAUGUUGCAACGCAGAUGAUGGCAGAGAUUAAUCAGGCGAAUGAUGUAUUGGGUGAUGAGAAGCUGCGGGCGCUGUAUGAUGCUACUGGAUGUUUGCCGGGUGUUUUGGAUUAG